AUGUAAGAGCAAACUUCAUAAUAAAAUCAUGGCAAUUCAAAUAAGAAAGGAGACAAGUUGAUAAAUCUGAUAAUCUUUAUUAUCAAAUUAUUUUUUUAAAUCAUAUAUGCAAUAUGCAAUAUACCCUUUAAGAAAAAAUAAGGUUAAGAACAUUCAUAGAUCUAAGAACAUUAAAAGAAGAGUAAUGAGAGUAAUGAGAAUAAUGGUAGAAAUAAACAUUUGAAUGAUAAUAAAGAGAAUUAGGAAGAAACUAUAAAUUAAAAUAAUCUAAAUUCGAAUAAAGAAAAUUUUAUAAAUUAACAAAAAUAAUAAAAAUAGGAAGAAUAAGAAUAAUAAAAAGAAUAAUAAAAAGAAUAAGAAUAAGAAUAAUAAUAACAACAACAACAACAAUAAGAAUAAUAACAACAAUAAGAAUUAUAAUUAAUAAUAGAAUAAACAUAAUAAUAAGAAUAAUAAUAAUAAUAAUAGUAAUAAUAAUAAUAAUAAUAAAAAUAGGAAGAAUAAGAAUAAGAAUAAUAAUAAGAAAAUUAAAUAAUAAUAGAAUAAUAAUAAGAAUAAAAUUAAUAACAAUAAGAAAUAAAAAAUUUGAAUGUAGAACACUAAUUAGAUGAUUUAAAUUAGAAUAUAUCUGAUUAAUAAAAAGAAAUUCCUUAAAUUGAAUAAUAAUCUGAAAAUUUAGAAAAAUCUGAUUAAAUAAAGUAUGAAUACUUAACAUAAGAAACUUUAGAUUUGCUUAAUGAAAUUGCUAAUAAAUCUUAUAAAGCAAGAAAUGUUGAGAUAUAAUUUUAAAAGUUUAUUGGUCAAGUUAAUAAUAUUUAGGAUACAAUUAAACAUUAUUUUGGAAGAAGUUAAAGUAAAUUUUCAAAAUAGAUUAAGUAAAUGAAAAAAGAAAUUAUUGGACAUAUCAAUAUAAGAGGAGAUGGAAACUGUUUUUAUACAUCUUUCAUAUAUUAAUAUUUAUCACUUCUUUUAAAUGAUGAAAAGAGAAAAAUCUAGUUUAUCAAUUAGAUUGAAGAACUCUCUGCAAAUAUAGAAUGUUUAAAUAUUAAAAUAAAUUAAAAUAAAGAUAUAGUGAAAGAGUUUAGUUGGUAAUUUUAGUAAAUAAAAACAAAAUAGUAAUUGUUAAAUCAAAUAAGUAAUCCAGAUUAUUUAUUUUAUUUACUAUCUGUUAUUGUUUUUAGGAAUUAUUUUGCUCAUAUUUUUUAAUAAAGUGAAGAGUAUGCUUAAUUUGGUGAUUUAAAUAUUUUUGCUGAUCUUAUGAUAUGGGAAUAAGAGUGUAACAAUAAUGAAAUUUUGAUAGCUGCAUUAAUAGAAAAUCUUAAAUUGUAAUAACUUACAUUAAUAUAAUUUUAGACAUCUGAUCCUAUAUUUCAUAGAUAUCAAAAAUAAUAGUUAUGAGAAGAAGGAAUACAAACCUAAAUAACAGAUUGAAGGUAUAAAAAUAGAAAAAAUCUUUAUGUUAUUAAGUCCAGGACAUUAUUAAAUCGCUAUACCUAUAUGAU